UGAACGGUAGUGUACAUAUUUUUGACAUAGAAGUUUACAUAAUGGUUAUGGCUCUAGAUGAAAAGCUGUUUCAGGUAUUUGAAAAAUGAACAUUUCGCUUACCACCCCCCCGGCCAUCCUCCCUCACUUUGUGCCCCCUCAGGUUUUGGGGUGCAUGAUGCCCUUGGUGGCCAGUUUCUGCUCUGCUUGCUUGUACAACUCAGAGAAACAGCACAACACGUACUAACAGCAGCGGCCAAACAGCCUACCCAACUGUUCUGAGGCGUCAGGAUCGUUCUGAAGCACACACAUGCACACAUUCUUUUCACAUAAAAGGCACUUUUCUUCUACCUUUUGCAGCAUGUGUGUUGAGUCUCUGUCACUGUCAUCUAUCUCUGUGUUCUGUCUCCUUCAGGAUUGAAGACCUACCUGAUCUCAGGGAGGAAGGUGGAGCCGUGCCAAUGUAGCUGUUCCCAGCUGGGCCUGGUUGGCCUGGAGCCUGGGGGGGACACCCGCUGUCCCACACCCCAUGCCCACACCCCAGAUGGAGCCCCCAGAGCCCCCUCAGCCUGUGGCCUACACCAGAGAUGGGCUCCCGACAGGGCCAAGUGCGGCUGUAGUUCCAAAGGAGGAUCAGGUUCUGGAGAAGGGCACGGUGCAGAACGGUUGCCAUGACGAUCACACGACCAAUAGCAGCAAGGACACCUCAUCUCUCAAAUGUCCCUCCCAGGCCCCCUUAGGCUGCAGCCCUAAGGCCCUGAAUGGUCUGCUGAGCCCCAGGCUGGAGGAGCCCCUGACCAACAGCCAGACGUCCCUGUGUGAGAUGCUCCAGGAGAAGGAGAAGAAGUGGGGUGGAGGGGCCAUGGGGAUGGACCACUCUGCUCUCAUCCCCCUGCGCUCCAAGAACUUCAGAGAGAGGAGCGAUGCUCACUUUGUGGAUGUUAUCAAAGAGGACAGUCUGAUGAAGGACUACUUUUUCAAGCCUCCCAUCAACAAGCUGAGCCACACCUUCCUGGACAGAACCCUGGAGUCUGCCUACAGGACCAGCUACCAGGAAGAGGUGGAGACCCAGGCAGCGGUACAGACCUUUGCCAGCCCUACCUUCAGCUCUUUCCUGGACAUGGUCCUGUGUUGCUCAGUGUUCCUGGCCCUCUCCCUGGCCUGCCUCCUCCGGCCCCUGCUCUCCCUCCCUGGGGCCCCCCUGCCUGCCCCGGCCCUCGCCCUGGUUGCCGUGGCCACCCUGCUGGAGGCCCUGGCGCUGGUGCUGUCUAUACGGAUGGCCUUCUACCUGGACAGCGUGAUGAGCUGCACUAGAACCCUGCUGAGGGCCAUCUCUGGCUGGGUCCCCCGUCACCUGAUAGGGGCCGUGCUGGUGUCCCUGCCCGCUGUGUCCGUCUUCUCACACGUCACCUGUGACAUGCACCUCUCCAUACAGUUCACCAUGCUCACCUGCUGUGCAGUGAUCAUUGCCAUCAUCCAGUACUGUAACUUCUGCCAGCUGAGCUGCUGGAUGCGCUCGGCCAUGGCCACGGUGGUGGGACUGGUGCUGUUCGCCCUGCUCUUCAGCCCGCCCUGCAGUUCUGCCAAUAGUAUGUUAUUUUGGUCUGGCGACACCACCAACAACAGUAACCGCAGCAGUGUUGUACAUGGUCAGCCUGAGCCCGCCGCUGACCCCGUGCCCCGCCUCCAGGACCUGCUGGGCCCCGAGGUGGGAGUGGCCUUCUUCCUGCUCCUCCUGCUCGUCUGGUUCCUCAACCGCGAGUUCGAGGUCAGCUACCGCCUCCAUUACCACGGCAACGUGGAGGCCGACCAGCACCGCAUCAAGAUCCAGAACAUGAGGGACCAAGCCGAUUGGUUGCUUAGGAACAUCAUCCCCAUCCACGUGGCAGAGCAGCUCAAAGUGACUCAGAGUUACUCCAAAAACCAUGGUAAUGUUGGCGUGAUUUUUGCCAGUAUCGUUAACUUUAGCGAGUUCUACGAGGAGAGUUACGAGGGCGGCAAGGAGUGCUACCGCGUGCUCAACGAGCUCAUCGGUGACUUCGACGAACUGCUUCGCGAGCCGCCCUUCAACAACAUCGAGAAGAUCAAGACCAUUGGUGCCACGUACAUGGCGGCGGCUGGGCUGAACGCGCAGCAGUGCGCCGAGACGCCGCACCCUCACGGCCACCUGCGGGCGCUGUUUGACUUCGCACUGGAGAUGAUGCGCGUGGUGGACGACUUCAACAAGAACAUGCUGGGCUUCAAGUUCAAGUUGCGCAUUGGUUUCAACCACGGUCCUUUGACUGCAGGGGUGAUCGGCACCACUAAGCUGCUCUACGACAUCUGGGGCGACACUGUGAACAUCGCCAGUCGCAUGGACACUACGGGCGUGGAGUGCCGCGUGCAGGUGAGCGAGGAGAGCUACUGCGCCCUCAGUGCCAUGGACUACAACUUUGACUACCGCGGCACAGUCAACGUCAAGGGCAAAGGUCAAAUGAAGACCUUUCUGUUCCCCAAGAGUGCGGACAGCGGCGCCCCCGUGCCUCAGUACCUGCUCUCCGUCUCGCCAGAGAUCCGGGUGCAGGUGGACGGGAGUAUCGGGCGCUCGCCAACGGAUGAGCUCUCUAAUAUGGUGCCUAGCUCCAUCUCUGGUGUACCCAGUACCACCAGUCCCUCGCUCAGCUUUGGGGUGUCCACGGGUCUGCUGCGGCCUGAGAGGGGGGUGGUGGAGGCUGGAGAUAGGCCAGACAGUCGGCAACAAUACUACUGUAGCCCUACUACUACAGAGACCAUCGCAGCCAGACGCUCCUCCUCAUCAUCCUACGUUGGUCUAGCCUCCCUGCCUAUCACUAGUCAAGCUGGAGCUACUUUGAAAGUCAAACAACCAAAUCUGUCCAUCACUAAUAAAGAUGAAACUCCUUCAACCAGCGUCCAACAACCAAAUCUGCCGCCACUAGUCUAGCUGGAGCUCUUUUGACAGUCCAACAACCAAAUCUACCCAUCAAUAAUAAAGGUGAAACUCCUUCAACCAACGUCCAACAACCAAAUCUGCCCACCACUAGUCUAGCUGGAGCUCCUACAACAAACGUCCUCCAACAACCAAAACCUGUGGCGCCUGCCUCCCUCCAGUCUCUCUCCCCUCAGAAUGCCACAGCAACUGAGUCACGGAAGGAGGUGGAAAAAGAGAAAGAGGAGCAGGACGAUGAUGACAUUAUUGGCGAGCUAACGAAACUCUAAGACUGUUAUGUCUGCGAUAGUUUUUUAGCCUUCAGCCCUUUAAGCACGGCCUUCCUUGCAUUCCUGCCAGUUGAAGCUUAUUAUGGAACAGUCAUAUGUGACGAGAAGGCAUACAGGAGGGAGCACCUAAAUGGCAGACUGUAAGAAAACAGUUUCUGGCUCCUCUGUUGUCAAUUCUUCUCCAGGUUCGUGCUCAUUAGGACACACCUUUGUUAAUCUUUUUGCAACUGUAUGCGAAAAUGAGCGUUUCUUAUUGAACAUGUUCAGAUACUACGUCUGUUUUCUUCCCGUUCAUGCCCACUGAACACGACCGAUGUAUCUGGUGGCCACAGUAAGAGUGAAUAAGAAGAUAGAGAAAGUACGAUGGGCGCUAUUACUGAACUUAUGUUGCUAUAGAAACCCAGCCUCCUAUGAUCUACUUGAUUCUCACAUCUUUAGUCUUUUUUUUGUUGUUGUAUGUUUUUGGCUUUUUUUUUUCUCGCCUUUGUUUUUUUAAUGUCUUGAUUAAGUGCCUUUAGCACAAAAUAAUGUGUAGAACAAGCUGGUCUGGACAGGGAACGAAGAAGAAGGGCACUGGGAAAGACUUCUACCAAACUGGGAACCUUAUGUACAUUCUAAGGCAAAAGCUUGGUUUCUGUCAGUUUGUUAUAGUUGUCUUUGGUCUGUGGAGCUAUGAAAUUGCUUGUAUUACUGUAGUUAAGGAGUUUACAAGAAUCGGAGCAAUAAGAAAUGCCACAGUGAAGAGUGAAUGAUGGGUUACAAAGGGAAGCAAGAUGGAGUCGUCUUUUCACAGUGAAUCACUUUAAAUUGUCUAAGAAAAGCACAGGCCUCGCACAACGCUCUCAGACAAACCCACAACAAUAUCUAGAACAUCAGUCGGAAGGCUUGACUGUGUGCUUGUGUCUGUGCGCUACACUACAGUAAUAACUGCCAUCCACGGCCUCAUGCGGAGAGGUGGCUGUAAGUUGUCAUUCUGCAACUGAUGAAACCGUGGGAAGAAGGUGGGGAGUGUGAUUAAGACAUAAUGAAAUCCCUCUGGCUGAUGUGGUAUCUUUUCUCCUGGCCCUGGUUAAAAGUAAGGACCUCUGUCUUACUAGCCUCAAGCCGUCAACUAGACCUUGGUAAUAGUAAUUAGGGCUGAAUCCUAACUCCCACUUAAGUCUGUUUUAAGUCAAAGUCUCCAAUUGACAUCAAUGCAUGACUAAGUGAAAAUGUUUAAGUUAGGACUUGACCCUAACUCUUUAACAUAUCACUAAUUAGCUUCAGCUGCACAUUAGCUCUGCAAGUCUAUAAAGCUAACUUUUAGCACCACAGAUUGGUUCAUGUGCCAUAACCUCUUCCUAGUAUUUUACAGGAAUGCAAUCUGUUGUUAGGCUACCGUUGUUGAGGUUUGAAGUGCACCCCUCUAGGUAGGCCUCCUAAUAGGUCGUUUCUAUUCAACGUGCUGGUUUGCUUACAAUACAGUUAACAAUCUGCUAAAAUUGUUACAUGUGCGUCAUGUACAUAUCAUGUGGAAUAGGCAAGAGCACAAACAGAUCUGGGACCAGGCUAAUAUUGAGUAGUCUCUUGUGACAGACCUGAGUUAAGAUGUUGAGUGAACCCGUUUAACGGAAUGGUAGAUUGGUAUAUUGACCUUCAAAUAGGACUUAAUCUGCUAUCCCCCCCGUUACUCUACCGUCCGGCUGUUUAGAAAUACAUGCAAGGGGGAAUGCACCCGAUUCCUCUUGUUACAGCAUUCCUGCCAAAUUAGAUCCUGGAUAAUAAGGGACGUUUCUAACAUGUGUCAUGUAAACAACAUAUACAAAUAAACAUGUAAAGUGUGCAUGUUCAGUGCUACAUAUUUUCCUGUUUGUUUUGUUGAAGUUGAGAUCUUGUUGUCGUCUUUUUAUAUAUCUACAUGUACUGUCUGCAUUGUUUUAUCAGAACCUUUCUUGAGAUAAUUGAGUGGUGAACUGUACAGUGCAUAUCCUCCAACUGCAAGUCUAAUCAUCCCUGUCACUUUCUCUCUGUUUUAGUGAAAGGGCUUGGGUGCUCAGGGGGAAUAACAAAACAAGUACUGGUACUACUAGGUUUCCAUCCAAUUGGCGACAGAUUUUCAUGCGAAUAUUCUAAAAUCUACAUAAAGAAAAUCUGCGUAUUUUCCCACCAGUGGUGUGUUUCCACCAAACGGACUUGUUGAGGAUAAAAAUCAGUGCAUGAUGACAAAGUGCACACAAAAUAUACUUUUUCACUUAAGUUUUCACGUACCAAAUAAAAAUCUAAAGUUCAGUGUGUUUCCAUUGCAUUUUCAACUCUACCAAUAGUUUUGUUAUAAAAAAACAACAACUGUUGGGUAAAAUAACUAAUUUGCCUACUCUGGUCUUGGUACAUGCGCUCUAACCAACAGCUCACAGAUACAGUACGGAUAGGCUCGUCUACAUAAUGAGAUUAUUAUGGAUAAGAGCGAGAAAAUUUGUAUUUUUUAAAUGGCAAUCAAGUGUCGAUCAACAUGUCACCAGAAUCAGACCCUAGAGAUUUAUUGGAAAGGAGAAUCAAGAUCACUGUGCACUUUCAUCACCCUGUGAAGUUCUUCAUAAGUUAGGCCUAUUUCAUCUGUAGCCUAAUAAACUGCUUAUCAUCGCGUGACUCAAGGUUUACUUCGAUAUGAUUAUUAUAUGAAUAUUUACCUUUAAAGGCGUUUCCACUGCCAUUUCUCACAUAAUUAAUAAAAAAAUGACCAACACAGAAAGAUCCCAUCCCGUCAAACAAACAAAUGAUCUUUUGGCAUUUAUAAAAUUGUACCUAAACUUCCUGUUUCCAUCACAGAUGUCGUGAUUUAAAAAAAAUGAUAUGGUAUGACCUUACUCACAUAAAAACUGGGGAUGGAAACGUCUUAUAUUAUUUGUGACCUCAGACAUACUUUGAAACCUCAAAGGUACAAUAUCAAAGCGUUCUGAAUUAGGAGAAUAACUUGGGAAGUAAAUGUUCAUAGCAAAAGACUCCAAAGCAACAUGUUUUAGUUUAGUAAAGAUGGAGAUACUCAGGAUAUCCCAGCAAUCAUUUGGGUUUUAAGUGCAUCUUUCAACUUUCAGUACUUAAGUUUCUCUUUUGUAGUGCCAUAAUUGGUUUUACUACAGGUUCCUUGUGUGUACUGCAAGAGUUUGCUAGUAGUGCCUUUUCAGUCAUAGGAAAAUCCUCUCUAAAUCAACUCUGAUAUCAUUUAAUUAAGAUUGCCACAUUUUGUUUCUCAAACCUCCUUGAAUACACUUUUUUUUUGCUUUUUGACAUGUGUACAUAUUUUUCUCAUCCAAGUUCUUUAAAAUGUUUAUAUAAAUUUGACAUGUGCCUUUUCUACUUCAUAACCUGGUGAGCAAUUGUUUCCAACAUUUAGUAUCACUGAUAUGAGUAUGAAACUCAAUAUUGCAGUUCAUUGUCACUUUUUGGUACACAGCUGCCACUUAUUUGUUCUGAUGUGGAUUUAAAAACAGGGAAUAACAAAAAUGUCGUUUUGCUUUGUUUGACUGGAUAUUGUUGUACUGUGUAGAUUUGCUUGAAUGGGGUUAGGCCCAUUUUAAGUGCAUUAAUCUACAAACGGGAUUGUUUUCAAAUGGUCAAAUGUAUUCUUGCCGAUUAUGAGCGUGCAAGUCUUGUUGUAACCCACCCAAAUUGCAUUGAUUACAAUAAAGAGACAUAUUGGAAACGAUCAGUUUAAAUCAUAAACAUCACACAGUGUUAUGUUGCUGAAUGUCCCAAGGAAGGGGAAUCUGCAGUACUGAGGUCUGGACGCAUGAAAGGAAGAUAAAACCCAGAUAUUAGCUACAGCUUAUCUUAUUGCUUUUGAGAAACUCUGCUUAUCAACCUAUGGAUUCCUGGUGUUUUAUCGUGUUGAUGCUGGAUAAGUAGCGUUCUUUAGAAAGCGAAGGGAAAUAAAUAGUUGAAUUUAAGGCUAACUCUUAUAGAGUUGUUGGAGCUCAAAUCAUGAGCCCAAUUCAGUCCGAACCGUACUGUGAUGAUGGCUCUAUUUUCAUUUCACACUGCAACUGUGGUGAAUGUGUUACUGAACCAGCUCAGUUCAGCUCGGUUGGGCUCAGUAGUGUGAAAAAGGAAUUGUGUUCCCUACUUCAAAAAAAGCUUAGGGUUUUUGUUGUACUAACUUGCCUUCCUGCAAAAAGGACUUCAUGAAUUGACAAUGGGAUUGAAACGUUGUGAACUAACAGAAUGGCACAUUGGGACUUUGAUGCCAAAUAGAGAUGUCAUUGAUUUGAUGUAUGUUUGGCCUUAUUUCCCCCUCUUUAAUUUGCCCGGUCUUGUCGUGCACAUUGAUGACGGGUUGUUUCUAUACUCACUAGUACGAUAUGUAUGCGGUAUGUAUACAUUUUACACAAAGCACUCACUCUGUAUGUACAUAUGCAUUUUAUAUGUUGUAUUAUUUAUACAGGUGCCAUUGUUGAAGGGUUGAGGAAUACAUGGAAGGUUAGAUAAAUGUUAGAACACUGUUACAAUUACGUCCAAAUGUCAUGUUUGCCUGCAUGUAUAGUAUGUGUGUGUACCUACACUGUACGGAUGUUUGAUCACUCUCCCACAAUCAUACAGGUACACAAAGUCAAUUUACAUUUGAGUAAUUUAGCAGACACUCUGAUCCAGAGCAUACAUUUUUUCCAUACUGGUCCCCCAUGGGAAUCGAACACACAACUUGCCAUUGCAAGCACCAUGCUCUACCAACUGAGCCACAUGGAACACUGACAAGGACCUAUAAGGACAUUUUCCUGCCACCACUACUUCUAUAUGGGCCUAGGCGACAGAUCUCUCCAUCCUAAGGGAUCCCAUGGUAUUCCCCCAUGAGUAGCCUGGUCGGUCUCAGAUUGGUUUGUGCUGUUGGCAGCUCCUAUGGCCAAUGUUACAGCAAACAAUGACCGUAGGAGUUGACGAGACAGUGCAAACAGAUCUGGGACCAGGCUACAUCAUCAACACCCUGCAAGGUAAAAUCACACUGCUAGAUUUCUGUUCAUGUUUUCAGACCCUGUUUCAUAUAAGCCUACAUAUAGUUGUGGCUGGUAGAUCUUUGGCCUCCCUCCCACUGUAUGUUAUAUAGCCUAUAGCACGCUGCAUUUUUGGAGGGGUCUGCAAAUGAAGGUUAAAAAAAAGAAGAAUAAAGUGAUUUUUUUUCCUGA